GUGGUUUUAAACUAAUUUCUUGUUCUCCCCUCAUUGUCACAUGUCAACUUUUUCAAUAGUCGUACAAUAAUUCAGCUAUCAAUGAACCCUCCAUUUUUUUGCCACUAAGUUACAAUCUUAAAGUGUUUUUGUAGGUAAAGUAAAGAUGAUACAUAACAAGCUACUCAUUGCAGGGUCGAUCAUCUUGAAUCUUGUUUUCACCAUUCAUAUUCUUUAUAAUAAUACAAGCACAUGGAGUCCAACGUGGACCAAUAGAGCCGCCUUGGAGGCAGAAGCUGCAGCCUCUGUUUCAUGCUCAGGCCAUGGCAGAUCUUACGUGGACGGUCUUGGUGUCCUUGACGGCCAUAAACCUUGUGAGUGUCACGAUUGCUACACAGGCAAAGAUUGCUCCGUUCUUCUCAAAGAUUGUCCUGUCGAUGCUAACUCAGGAGACCCUUUGUUCUUGGAGCCUUUCUGGAUUCGAAAGGCAGAGGAAAGUGCGGUUGUUGAGUCAGGAUGGCACAGGAUGAGUUAUACUUUUAACGGAUAUGGCUUGUUUAUGUCGGCAGAGCUUGAGAAGAUCAUUAGAAAGUUACAUAAUGUAGUGGGAAAUGCAGUUACUGAUAACAGAUUCAUAAUCUUUGGAGCUGGAGCCACACAAUUGCUUGCAGCUUCUGUUCAUGCCUUGUCUCAAACAAAUUCAUUAUCUCCUUCAAGACUUGUGACUUCUGUUCCAUACUACAAUUUGUACAAACAACAAGCAGAUUUCUUUAAUUCUACCAAUCUCAAGUUUGAAGGAGAUGCGUCUGCGUGGAAGAGGAGCGAGCGCAAUGAUGAUAUUAAACAAGUUAUAGAGAUAGUGACAUCUCCGAAUAAUCCAGAUGGGAAGCUGAAAAGAGCGGUUCUUGAUGGUCCUAAUGUGAAAUACAUUCAUGAUUAUGCUUACUACUGGCCUUAUUUUUCACCUAUUACACGUCAAGCUGAUGAAGAUUUGAGCUUGUUCAGUCUCUCCAAGACUACAGGUCAUGCUGGCUCAAGAUUCGGCUGGGCAUUAGUAAAAGAGAAAACUGUUUAUGAAAAAAUGAAAAUAUAUAUAAGUCUAAGUAGUAUGGGAGUUUCAAGAGACACACAGCUUCGUGCUUUGCAGUUGCUUAAAGUAGUGAUUGGUGAUGGAGGCAAUGAAAUAUUCCGUUUUGGUUAUGGAACCUUGAAAAAAAGAUGGGAGAUUUUGAACAAGAUUUUUUCCAUGUCUACGCGUUUUUCGCUCGAAACUAUCAAACCUGAGUAUUGCAACUAUUUCAAGAAAGUUAGAGAGUUUACUCCUUGUAAGUUUUUCUUCUAACUAAUGCAAGAAAGUGAGACUUUUGUUUUGGUUUGGUACUUAUAAUUAUGCGUUUGGUUUUCAUUUGAAAGCUUAUGCAUGGGUGAAGUGUGAGAGACCAGAAGACACAGACUGCUAUGAGAUUUUCAAAGCGGCGAAGAUAACAGGACGUAAUGGGGAAAUGUUUGGAUCGGAUGAAAGGUUUGUGCGGCUAAGUCUCAUCAGAUCACAAGACGACUUUGAUCAGCUUAUUGCAAUGUUGAAGAAGUUUGUCUCCAAGGAAGCUGUAGUUGUUGACUCCAUCUGAAAACUUGAUGUUGUGAUCACACGUCAUCAAUUUGAUCAUAUAAAAUGAAUAAUUUUGAAUACUCUUGACAAAUAAUUGAAUGAGACAGCUCAACUUCCAAUUUUGUAAUACAAAGAAACCAUUAUACGACAGACUUAUAAAAAUAGACAUAAUCG